AUACUUUAAUCAUAUCUUUGGAUUCCAAGCUAGAAUACUUAGCGCCAUGGGCCUAUGGUCCACAGUACCAAGUGCCAGUAAACGUUUUGCAAAGUGGACAUUUCUACGUCGUACGGUGACCUUAGCCGUUGUUCUACCGGCAAUGAUCAGCACCAUAUACUGGCUAAUUAGGACCUUUUCCUAUAUAGGCCCUCAGGAGUAUUUCGCGCCCCAUGAACGUCCCCUUAUUCGAUCACUGGCGACCAUCCCUAUGGUGGCCAUCCCGGCACGAGGAAUUUAUGUCCUUAUGUGCCUGACUUUUGGUCACGUGGAUCUCGGUAGUUUAGCUGAAGAGAUUGAAAAGGUCGCGGUUAUUUCGGUUAAUUCACGGGAGAUGUACGUGCAUCUUCUAAAAAAAUGGCGUAGAACGAAUGCUUUAUUACUAGUAUACUGUAUAGCGGCAUUCUGGACAACGGUUAUCCUCAAUGACCUCCACAACUCCCUGAGCCUCACCCACGGCUCAGAGGAUGGCAGUGUGAAGUUGGCGCCAUUGAGCCUGCGCAUCCCGUUAUGGGUAAUUAUUGUCAUGGAUGUCGUAUUUUCCAGGAUUCCAUACGUGCUAUCCCAGUUGGUGUUGAUUACAAUUACGGCCAGCGCCUUUGUGCUAAUUGACUGUGUGGUUAGUGUUAACGGUAAUUUGGAGGGCUUGGACGGGGAGAUUGUGGAGAUGAUGACGCAGCCCAGCGAUCUACCAACACGGAACCGUUGUUCAGGAUACUUAGACAAUCCCGUGUACGGGAUAGAGCGCUCGACAUCUGUAGCGGAGACACUAAUGCAGGUCCGCGCGGCACAGUUUCAUUUUGUGGACCGUACCAACCACAAACUGGGUGUGUUUCUUUUGAUUUCUUAUCUCGUUGAUCUUGUCGUCUCUGCCGGCAUGCUGGCAGUGGUGAUCACAAAUGAAGAACACACGCCAUAUUCCUUGCCAGCAAAAGUGGUGGGAACAGCUGUAUUUGUCAGUUACGCCAUACUCGUAUUUGUUCCGAUGGUCAUUGCAAGUGAAAAGGCUUUGUCGACUGCGUCAAUCCUGUACCAGACGAUCAUGAAAGCGAAUGACCUGCUGAAAACACCGCAGGGAAAAGCCUUACGGAAAGUCCUAACUAAAUUUCGAACCCUGGCGUCGGCUUUUCCGAUAAACUUUAGCGCUGGCAAUCUGUUCUACAUCGAUCGAAAUUUCUUGGUAGCGACCUUUACACUACUGUUUACCUACGCCGUACUGGUUCGCGAAUUUUUGGAUCAGCAAGACGUCAGGGCCCUCGUCGAAACAUCUGCAAACACUUCCGCUUUAUUAGAAGCUGUGCUAAAUACGACAAAUGUUAGUACACCAGUACCGCUGAUGAAACAUUUGUGA